CUUCAACAAUAAUACCAUAAUGCCGUCACCACCGCCGGAAGAAAACCCACCGGGGAAAGCCCCCCCACCGACAUCCAGCUUCACCGGCGCCGCCCUCUCGGAACUCAAAGCCCAGAGACGAGUAGCGGCUCCUCUUGUGGCAAUGAAUUUAACGUGGUUCGCCAAGACGGCGAUCACCACCGCGUUUCUCGGCCGGCUCGGGGAGCUGCCGCUGGCAGGCGGCGCCAUGGGCUUGACCUUCGCCAAUGUCACCGGCUUCUCCGUCUUGAACGGGCUGUGCAGCGCCAUGGAGCCCAUCUGCGGCCAGGCUCACGGCGCUCGAAACUUGAAGCUCCUCCACAGGACCCUCCUCAUGACUGUUCUCCUGCUGCUCCUAACCACUCUUCCCAUUUGUCUCUUGUGGCUCAACGUCGACAAAAUCCUUCUCCUUUCCGGCCAACGCCAGGAAAUUUCCUUCGUGGCCAAGAAAUUCGUCUUCUUUCUGCUCCCCGAUUUGGUUCUGACAUCAUUUCUGUGUCCUCUGAAAGCCUAUUUGAGCUCGCAGAGCAUCACUGUGCCGAAUAUGUUAAGCUCCGCUCUCGCUGUGGCUCUUCAUGUUCCUAUUAAUAUACUGCUUUCCAAAGCUAGGGGAAUUGAAGGUAUUUCAAUGGCGAUCUGGAUAACCGAUCUGAUGGUGGUGAUUGCACUGGCGCUCUAUGUGGUGAUAACAGAGAACAGAAAAGGUGGAAGAUGGAACGAUGCGGGUUGGUGGGAGCAAGAUUACGGCGACUGGAUCAGGCUGCUGAAGCUAGGCGGGCCGUGCUGCCUGACCACCUGCCUCGAGUGGUGGUGCAUCGAGAUCCUUGUUCUGCUCACCGGCCGUCUUCCCGACGCCAGACAGGCCGUCGGCGUUCUCGCCAUCGUCCUCAACUUCGACUUCUUGCUCUACUCCGUAAUGCUUUCGCUGUCCACUUGCGCGUCCAUCCGAGUCUCAAACGAGCUCGGGGCGAACCAACCCGACCCUGCUCGCCGCUCGGCAAGCGUGUCAUUGGCGCUGAGUUUCGUCGCGGGCUGCGCCGGGGGCUUGACAACGGCGGCGGCUAGGGGAAUUUGGGGGCCUCUGUUCAGCCAUGAAAGAGGCGUUAUUAGAGGCGUGAAGAAGACGAUGGUGGUGAUGGCGGUGGUGGAGGUGGUGAACUUUCCGGUGAUAGUCUGCGGCGGAAUCGUGCGGGGAACGGCGGCGCCGUGGCUGGCGAUGUACGGCAACGUGGGGGGGUUCUACUUGGUGGCCUUGCCGUUGGGGGUGAGCUUGGCGUUCAGAACGGGGCUGGGGAUGAGUGGACUCCUGGUUGGAUACUUGGCGGGGAUGGUUGCUUGCUUGGUUCUGUUGCUGGUAUUUGUUGCGAGGAUUAACUGGGUUGAGCAAGCUGCCAAAGCACAGGCAAUGGCUGGUAAUCUCCAAGAUAGUAGCAUCAAGGAAGAAGAAGAUGACAAGGAUUGAGCAGCUCUGUGUGUCGCCGAAACAAAGCAAAGGCAUACAGAGUAAUUGCUCAGUA